CCACGCAUCUUCUGGACUGGAGAUGACACGUCACCAAAUCAACACAGAGACUUAUUCAAAUGAGAGUAACCAUCGUGUGGACCUUUCUUAUUUCUUAACCACGUCGUCAUCCGUCGACACAAAGCGAUCGUUUACGUCUCUCUCUCUCUCUCAGGCGCUCCUCACCGGCCGUACUCUCUGUUUAUCGGCGGAAUCGUCUCUUCGUUUUUACCGGUAGAUCGAUCCAGCUACGAGAUCAGCCAUGAAUCCUGAAUAUGACUAUCUCUUCAAGCUUUUGCUUAUUGGUGAUUCUGGUGUUGGAAAGUCAUGCUUGCUUCUAAGGUUUGCUGAUGAUUCCUACCUGGAUAGCUACAUCAGUACCAUUGGUGUUGACUUUAAAAUCCGCACAGUUGAACAAGAUGGAAAGACCAUCAAACUCCAGAUUUGGGAUACAGCAGGUCAAGAACGUUUCAGAACCAUCACUAGCAGUUACUACAGAGGAGCUCAUGGGAUCAUUGUAUGCUUAUUAUCACACUUAACAUUAUCUCCAUGUUAUCUGACAUCCAUCAGUGAGACUUUGUCGUUAUGUUUAUUUCAUCUUUGUCAGGUGACUUACGAUGUAACAGACCAAGAAAGCUUUAACAAUGUCAAGCAAUGGCUAAAUGAAAUCGACCGCUACGCCAGUGAGAAUGUGAACAAGCUACUGGUUGGGAACAAGUGUGAUCUCACAUCACAGAAAGUUGUAUCCACUGAGACGGCCAAGGCUUUCGCAGAUGAACUUGGGAUCCCAUUCUUGGAAACAAGUGCCAAGAAUGCUACCAAUGUCGAAGAAGCUUUCAUGGCCAUGACUGCUGCAAUCAAGACAAGAAUGGCGAGCCAACCUGCUGGUGGAUCUAAGCCUUCAACAGUCCAGAUCCGAGGACAACCUGUAAACCAGCAAUCAGGCUGCUGCUCUUCUUAAUGCGCUUUGUGGACACUUAAGUCUCUCGUAUGUUUCCAUGUAGGACACAUGAACAACGUUGUUUCUUCAUCUUUUGUAUUUGUUUUUUCGGUCACUUUUAUGUCCAAAAGCUUCUAUAUUGUUUGUAUUAAUGUACGUGAAUUAAGCUCGGUUCCUUAGAAAAAGUUUCGUGCUAAUCAA